GAGAAUCUCAGAGCAGUUUGAAAUGGAAAACAGGAUCUACACUCAAGAUCCCAUUUUCCUGAAGAUCUUGAGUGAGAUUACAAACGAGACUUUUUCAGAAAAGGAGUUACCUGUCUUUGACAAAAAAUGCAAGUAUAGUCAAAUGCUGGAGGCGUAUUAUGAGAUUGUGGUGCAGCGGAUGGCUGACCAACUGCCCAUGAUGAUCACCUUUUACAUGUUGCAGGAGACUGCUCAGCUCCUGACUAUUGACACAAUGAAAUUACUGGAAAAGCCAGAUGUGCAUGAGCUCCUGUCUGAGGACUCUGAUGUCAGCAAAAAGCGCAAAGACCUAAGAGCUCGUCUGAAUCGUUUGACUUCUGCUACAAAAGCAAUUAGCAUUUUUUUUUAAUGACUAGAGGAUAUAUCUGAAAAUACAUCCAAUGUAUCUAAUGUUCAUUUUGUAAUGUAUCUGACAACUUCUAUCCAACCAUCCAUUUUCCACGCUUGUUCAAGCGUUGCAAGAUUUGACAAUUUAACCCAUAAAACUUUCGGCAACACUUUAGAAUACUGUUCCAUCAUUAUUGAAUAACUACACAGGAACACAUGAGUAACACAAUA